CGCCACGGUCAGACGGGAGAGAUUGUCGCGCGACAGAAACCCGGCGAAAACGGCGGCAAGUUUGAAGUGAAGAGGAUAAAACCGUUAUUACCCGCCAGUGUCAGAAAACUACCUCGGCGGUGGAUGUGUCGUGGUGACAGUGUUGGUCGUGAGGGUGACUUGUUAUAUCCUUUGUUGAAAGGGGAAUUAUGAACGAAAAAGGACAGUGAUAUUAUAGUGAUAUAAGAGUUUAACAGAGAGGCAGCCAUGUCAACGGACGUGGUGGUCAUGCAGAAACCUAUUAAGGUUGAAUUUCACAGCCCCGUGAAGCCGGAGGUCCUAAAACCUUCCAACACCGCCAACCUCCAAAAUAUCCACAACAAAACAGCCAACAUCAUCAACAAGGUCCCGACAAUCACAAGCAAGGUCACGAACUUCAACAAAGUGGUGUCCAGUGGUGUCACCAAGUCGACUGACAACAGUUUCACUAAUAAAAAUGUCUUAGGGAGAGUCAACAUCAGAAUCCAGCCCGUUACCUCAAAAUCAACUGUGAUCAAAUCGUCUUCUCCUCAGGCUACUAAAUCACCAUAUAAACCUCUUACUCCCAUCAGACCAUCACCAACAAUCAAGAGCUCCAUCACCACCACGGUCACCACCACCACAUCACGGUCCCCCUCCUCCUCCACCACCAUCAUCAGAACGCCCCCGUCAGUCAACAAAACGCUGGAGUCUUCAUCUCUCUCAUCGUCCUAUUCCUCGUUCAAUUCUUCAUCUUCGUCUCCGGGUAUCAACUUGUCGCCAGCUAAGUGCAGAAGAAGAAUAAAUUACUCCGACACUGAAGUUCGCGUCCCAGUGUCCAGAAGAAAUGCCAGAGAGAGGAACAGAGUUAAACAGGUCUCCCAAGGGUUCGCCAUCUUGAGACAACACGUCCCUCAAGCUGCCCGCAAGAAGAAAUUGAGCAAGGUGGAGACUCUGCGCUGCGCUGUUGACUACAUCCGGGGUCUCCAGCUGCUGCUAGACGACCACCCCCCGACGCAGCCUCCCGUACCCGACCCCACCAACGCCACACACCUCCACCACCACCACCAUCACCACCACCACCAGCAGCUGCAGCAGCAACACCCCCAGAUGUUCCUGCAGCCCCACCAUACCAUAGAGCCGCAUAUCCUGAAGCUUCCCGUGGCUGAUGAGACCUUCCAGUCACCCGUCUCCCUCAGGUACGACGGUGUUGCUGGCGCCUUCCUCAGGACCUCUCCUACCGACUCUGAGGACGGACAAUCCCCUGGCCACCCUUUCUUCAGCGACAAGCUCUCCCCGCCCUCCUCCUCCUCCACCGCCGCUCAUGGUAUGGGCGUGGGCGUGAUCAAAACAGAGGCUGGUGAGGGGAGGGCCUACGCUCGGGAAGAACAGGAUCUGCUGGACGCCCUGGCCUGGUGGCAACACAAUAUACAGCCAUAGUCGGAGUAUUGGGUGAGGGGAUGUGUGUAUACGGUUGAAGUGGACGGUGAGGAGAGAGAAGACUGGCGGGUGUGUUGGAAUAGUGUGAACGUGUGUAAGACAGACAAAACGAGUGUUAUACUAAGGUUGUUUGUGAGUGAUUACCCACGUGUGAAGACUUAAGGAAAAAAAAAGACUAAGAAAGUGAAUCUAUAAACUAUAUAUUGACGGCACACGGAAGGACAGUAAUGAACAACACUCGCGCCAGGAGCCCAGCGCGUGUUGCUGUGUGCUGUCAGUGAGUGAAUGUCACCAUAUAUUAUUUAUUUUCCCCAUGCAGUGUCUCACCCAAAUGCUCUUUUUGAUAUAAUUUAAACGUCCAAUACAGUUAAGAAAUUUAUGUGAAUGUAUAUACAUAAUUCGUUGUUUCAUCAAGUAAAUAUCAGAUGAAUGAAAAAAAUCGUUUGUGAAACACUGGAUGUAUCAAGAUACAUAUUAUUAUUAUUAUUAUUAUUAACCUUAGUGUAUGAAGGAUUGAGAGUCAGCUCCGAACCACUACCUCCUUUCUUUCUUGUCGUUUAACCUCAAUUUCCCAACAUACAGUACAUCUGACCCUUCUACUCUCCCAUCUUCCUUCUAUAUCUCCCUCCCUCCCUCCCUCCCCGCCUUCAGUUCUCCUCAUCUUUUCGCAUUUUCUCCCAACCACUAUAUCUCCUUCCAUCAAUAACCUAAAACACGAAAAGUCUCUCUUGUCCAGGCAUUAAGCUGUAGCCUCCAACACCUGACAACCUUCCCCAGGAGUCUGAGCUGAUUCUAAUCGUCCCUCGAGGUUCUAGUCCAAGCUGGAUUGAGGUCCUGCUCAAGACUCAAUCCAUGCUUAAUUCCCCCAAGCUUAAGUGCUAUUAUUAUCACUACUUCCGUUUUUUUUUAUUCACUGAGGUUUUUAAUUAGCUGCUAAGACAUACCACACCGUGUUCGUAUAAUUUAUUAAUAUAUAUUUACUCACUAAGUUAUUUCCUUCAUUUGGAUAUAUUAUUAAUAUUUUUGUAAGUGCCUUGUGUGUCCCUGGUUGUGCCUUAUACUCCACCUCCUCAGAAGUGCCUUUGUAAACAUACCUUGCCUCUGGAAGACGACAGUGCCUUGUAGGAUACCGCCCUGUGAAAACAAAAAGAACUUGUAUUGUAAAAAAAAAAAAGACAAUCCAAGUAAAAAGAUAUAAUGCGUUGUAAAACAGACAUGGUAUCUUGUAGAAAAGCAAAUAGAUAAUACCUUGUAGACAUAAUGCACUGUAAAAAAAAAUAGCAAUAGGACGAUUCUCUCCCAUACAGCACAAGACUGAUUAUUAAACCUGUAUACUCACUCUGAUGAUAUGAUGAAACAUUGAAUACUCUUCUGCUAACAGGUAAACCACCUUGUAAACUCAUCCUACUAGUAUACUGAACCUCUUUCUCACACCUCCAAUAGCGAGGGUAAACCACUUUGUAUAUUCACUCAUGAACAAAUUGAAUACUCCUCUACUAACAGGUAAACAACAUUGUAUACUCAACCUGCUGAUAAACUAAGACUUUGAAUUCACUUUUACCACCCAGUAAAUCAUCAUGUAUAUCUAUAUAAUAAGAUACGAACAAGGAAUCUCAUACUAAGCACAUUCUUGAAGCUUCUAUAUAUUAUAAAUCAUGGAUAUCCAGGCCCUUCAUUCAGUAAAUAUAUAAAUAUAUCUCCAUAUGACACCUUAACAAAUGCACCUCAGUACAGUAAUUCCAGACUGUGUGAUGACUGGAUAAACUCUUACCUAGACCUGUCAUUGUA